AAAUGCUGACGUGGUUGCGCCGUCACCCCGGGGGAGGAGACGGCGAAACCCCAAAGAGCGUCACUGAUGUUAUUUAUACCAAAGGCUGCAAAGGUGCAUCGAGGAUCGCACAUCAACAGCGAGCGAGAGCAACUCUCCGAUCCGAGAAAUGCAAAGCCCUCCCAAGCCUCCGUUCGCCCGCUGGCUCAUAGAGCAGGUGGAGACGGGCCAGUACACGGGCCUCCGCUACGAAGGCCAAAACAGGUUCAGAGUCCCCUGGAAGCACAACUCCAGAAAGGACUGCAGCGAUGAAGACUGUAAAAUAUUCCGAGCAUGGGCGGUAGCAAGUGGAAAAAUCCACGAGUUCCCCAACAACAAGGCCAGGUGGAAAACCAACUUCCGAUGCGCCAUGAACAACAUCGAUAAGCGCUUCAAGAUGAUAAUGGAUAAUUCCAAGAAUUUGGACGACCCUCAUAAGAUCUUCGAGAUUAUCGACGCUGAGUACAACUAUGAAAGUCCACCGACUCAAGACUCCCCGGGGGAUUCUUACAUGCGUCCCGAUAUAUGCAGCUUCCCCAUAGAAGAUUUCCCCAUUGAAGACGAGCUUAUUCUACUUGACAAUUUAAUGGCCUUGGAUCUCGGAAACCAGACAUCAGAGAAUAUGGCAGAGGACUUUAGCCGCUACCCCGUAGCAGCUGAGCACCACCUGCAGCCUGUACCAGACCAGCCUUCUUACUGUGAGGUAAAUCCUCCACCAGUCCUAAGUUCACCUCCGCAGCAGCCUAGUAUAUUUGACCUGGAGGUCUCCAUCCACUACAGGAAACGGGAAAUGCUAAAGGUCACAUUGAGCACUGCCCUUCUCCAGCUACACUACCAGCACGAGAGCCCUGAGCUCGACGGCCAUCGCAUCCGCUUCCCCUCCACAGACGGUCUGCUGGACCAAAGACAGGUUGAGUUCACCAACCGCAUCCUCAACAACAUCCAGAGGGGUCUCUUCCUGGAGGUGCAGGACACUGGCAUCUAUGCCUGGAGACAGGACAGGUGCCACGUGUUUGCCAGCACCAGUGACCCCUCAGUGGCUCACCCAGAGCCCAGCAAGCUGCUCCAGAACACCAGGGUGGAGCUCCUCAGCUUUGAGAAGUAUGUAAAUGAACUGAAGCAGUUUAGAGACAACAACGGCGGCUCUCCAGAGUACACCAUCAACAUGUGCUUCGGAGAGAAGUUCCCCGAUGGAAAACCUUUGGAGAAGAAGCUCAUCGUAGUCAAAGUGGUCCCUCUGAUCUGUCGACACUACCAUGAGAUCGCCCAGAUGGAAGGAGCCUCGUCUCUUCACAGCGCCAACGUCAGCCUACAGAUUUCACACAACAGCCUUUACGAUCUCAUUAGCUCGGUCUUUGGACUGCCGACAGAGGAAGAGUCCGCACGGCCCGCAGCACCUUUACUACCUCAGUCCUGAAUUUGGGCGUCUCACUUUCCCCCCCAAAAGGGGACUAUUCCAACGACCCGCGCUUACCCAAAGAUUUGCUACAAAGUGAGCAGAAUGAAUUUGCUAUUGCGUUAAUGGGCCACGUUUAUUGAGCCUUGCUCAUGGGGUUGUGUCACUUAAACUUAAAGGGAAAAAAAGUGACAUUUUAUCACUACAUAAAUAAGUGAACUUCUCCACUAUUGGACUGUUGCGUUACUCAACCCAAUGGCCUUAAAUAUGAUUUCCUUAUGUCAUAACUGUAAAUAUCAAAUCAUCUAUUAAUAAGCGUAUGGUUCAGUUAACGUAUGAAUGCCUAACAUGGUUAUCGUGCGGUAAACAUGUAACGUUUUUGCUUUUUGAUUGUGCGUUUAUGAGCCAUUAAUUUUAAAUUAAUAUAUAUGAGGAACUUUUUUUAUUAACUGAAAUAUAUAUAUAUCUAUAUCCGUUUGAAUUGUUUUUGCUGUUCGAAAUUUGUUUGACAUGUUAUUUUUUACAAACAAUGAGACAUUUGAAUUGUAUGACUAAAAGGUACCUUCAGUCUGUUGUGCGGUGGUGAAUAAAGGAAUUGCUGGAUACGGUU